AUGGCUCCUGCUCGACGUCAUAGAAUUGGAGCUAGCCGGCGAAGGAGGGAAGACGAUGGCGAAGAAGAAGGAUCUGUGGUUGGAGCCGCCGAGGAUGAUUCCAUGAGUGAUAGCUCGGCGUUGAGCCACCAGGAAGAUGAUGACGAUGAUGCCGAUGAAGAGGGAAGCGAUUUGAGCGAAGGUGAACGUACCACUGCCUCGCCACGCAUCAACAAGACCAACGGGAAUGGUGCUACUAGUCGCAAAAAACAAGGUCGCUCGGGGGAAGGCAAACUUGCUGUCCCGGUCAAGCCACAGCUGACAGCGACUGUGUCGGAUACAGAGGCGAUGAUGAAUGGAUUGAGCAUUGCUGAUCGGGCCGGCGAAGUCACGGAAAUACAGUUUGAAGAUAUUGGAAAGGAGGAAAGGAAUGGUCUGGGCCGGGCGCCAUCCGCGCCGCCUGCAGAGACCAGGAGGGACACUAUUGCUGAUCGGAAACGACGGGAUCAUGACGAAUAUAUCAAAGCUCGAAAUGAGGACCCUUCUUUUGUCCCAACACGUGGAGGCUUUUUCCUUCAUGAUAAACGAUCUAUAGGCCCAGAGUCUACCGGGAAUCGGCCGCCCAACAACAAAACCAAGUCACGGCCAUAUGGAUUGAUUGUCGAUGGCAAUGUCGGGAGGCGCCCAAAAACCGACGCUACUGAUAGCCAAUGGACUCACGACCUACACGAGUCCAUUGCUCGCAACGACGGCCGUAGUUCGACGGUCCUUCCCCCAUCCCAUCACAAUGCUGCGUUAACAAACGGGUCCGUAUCUGUAUCGGUCGCUCCUCGCUCCUCACCUCCAAACCGCUCUUUUUCCACGACUGUUUUGAUCGGAAAUGUGCCGGUUAAGGUCUCCCUCCCGGGAACAGCGCCCAUCCUCUUCCAGGCUGUGCCGAAACGGCAGCACACUCGUCUUCCACAACACCGACCCCCUUUGAGACGAGACAAACCCGUGCGAGUCUCGCUCCCGGGAGCCCAACCUAGAUACAUCCUCCCGGCGCCGGAACGGUCGUUCAUUUUCAUCCCACGGGCACUACGCCCCAACCAGCAGUCCUACAGGGGGCGUGGGCGCGGUGGAGGAUACUACAACGGCCGAAGACCCAGCUUAUACGCGGGCUCUGCCCAUUCGCCAAGCUUAUCGAUGAGCCGUCGGUCCUCUCUCCGCGACAGCAUGCAUUCCCCCGCGGGAUCUGUACUAUCUAGACACACGUUUGUAUCAGGAGAGAGUAAACCGGUUGUUCGUCUUCCACCAAUGGCCCGGCCUCCAGGGCCUGGGCAUCCGUCUAUGCCUGGCAUGGUGGCUCCUGGACCCAUGAUGCCUGCCCCCUCUGUUCUACCGCAGGGCUUUAGCACUGCAUACCGAGAAAGUCGAGGUGGGCCAAUUAUCAUGCACCAACCCCGACCACAAAAAACCGUCUCGGUUGCGGAUAUUGAAACCCCUGCCAACUUGCACUUCAACCCACCGCAGCCACAACAGGAACAACCGUUUCACCAACAGGUGCCAGUGGCGGUUGCAGGCCCAGGGUACAUGCCUGAAGCAGGGCAUUAUCCCCACGGCCGUCACCCGUCACAUGCGAGUCAGACAUCUGGGACUCCGCUUUCCCAAAUUCCAGAGCGUGCCAUUCACGCACAACCUUUCCAGCCAUACGGUUUCCCCUCUCAGCAGGGUUACUACAACACUGGAUAUCAUCCCGGUGCGAUGUACUAUCCUAUGCCCCACGCGGAUUAUCCACAGUACAAUGCCCCCGCUGGCCCUGGAGGAGGUGGCGGUGCUUUUGUUGGGCCACCUCCUGGCCAACCUUAUGUCAUGCCAGCACCUCCUCCGCCAGCGCCUUUACCACAAAGCCAAGCCACUGGAGGAGAGCAAGCCUCGCAAGCAGGUACUGUAGCCCACGAAGCCAAUGGUACGGUUUAUUUCUACGAUGCCGCCGAACUUUAUUCCAAUCCUUCAUAUCCCCAAGGGGGUGUUGUUGGGAUGGGAGGCAUGAUGACGCCGCCUGGAACGACGUAUUACUACCCGCAGCAAUCUGGAGGCUAUUAUCCGGCUUAG